AUGUCAAGACCAGCUUCAGAAACACGAGUUUACUUAGGAAAUCUUCCUAGGAAUAUUAAUCGUCGAGAUAUUGAAAAUUUUUUCUAUGGUUAUGGAGAUAUAGCAGAAAUCAAGUUGAUGUCCGGAUUUGCAUUCGUUGAAUUUAAAAACUCACGGGAUGCGAAAGAUGCAGUUCAAGGCAUGUUUUGCUUAUUUUGUUUAAAUACAAUGACUAAUAUGAUUAAGAUCUUGGUAGAAAUAAUGGAAAUUGUCUAUGUAGGUGUUAAGGUGCUUUUAGAUGGCAAGAGAAUGUUAGGAGAACGAAUUAAUAUUGAAUUUGCUCGUGGCGGAAGAGAACGUCGUGAUGAUUUUCGAGGUCGCGAUAUGGAAGUUCGUUAUCCUCGACCAAGAAGGACUGCAUAUAGGGUGAUUGUUGAGAAUCUUUCUCAAAAUGUCAGCUGGCAGGAUCUAAAGGAUUUCAUGCGAACUGCAGGAGAAGUCACUUAUGCUGAUUGUAGUCGUGAUGGCAGUGGCAAAGGAAUUGUUGAAUUUGAAACCGAGGAAGAUCUCAGAGCUGCUAUUCGAAAAUUAGAUGGCGUUGAGUUUAAAGGUUCUGAAGUCGUUCUUCGUGAAGAUUUGGAUGCUUCUCGUCCUCGUUCUCGUUCUCCCCGUCGUAAUCGAUCUCCUCGUUAUCGAGCUUAUGAUAGAGGUUACGAUAGAGGUUAUGAUAGAGGUUAUGAUAGGUAUGAUCGACGUUCUCCAAGAUACCGUAGAGAUGAUAGGGAUAAUUAUUAUCGUCGCGAUGAUUAUUCAAGUCGUCGAGCAUUUAAAGAUGAUAGAUAUUCCAGAGCUGGUUCAUACGAUCGAUCUCCCCUUCGUGAUCGUUCUCAAACUAGAUCUCCUGUAAGAUCUUCUAAAGAUUUUUCCCCAAGAGAGAGUUCUUCCAGAAUCCCUAUGGAUGACUCUGUUAGGGAUCGAGAAUAUUAACUUUUUAAAAAAAAUUUAUAUUUAUUUUUAUUU